UAAUGCGUGUUGAACUUUUUUAUUAAAUGUAUAUGUAAAGUUUUAUUUUGUAAUUGUUGCAGUUGUGGGCAUAUGAGGCUAUCCCUGCUUUGGGUAGCAAAUGGGCGAUCAGAAGGGAGACCAGCUGCCCACGAAUGCUUCAUUAGCGAGCACGUGAAAAGCCAUCGGCUAAAGAUUUGACAGUUAUCCUCGACGAUCCUCAGGUGAGUAUUAUAUAUUUGCAAUUUAUAUUGUACAUACAUUUACUCGGCUCGAUACAUGUUCGUUAACACGUUGAAAUAUGGUAUGUCAGCUCGAAAUUCAUGCUGAGUUGGUUGUCUCGGUGGAAGAGGAGGAUGCAAUAUAUGUACGUGAAUUACUUGUUCCACCUACUGAAGACGAUCCAGUAUUUGAGUCCGUUCCGGAUAGAAAUAUAGAGCGCCAUCCGGAACUUCCACUUAGGAGAUCUCCUUCGCCUCCACCGAUGAGAUCUCCGUCACCUCCACCGAUGAGAUCGCCUCUACCGCCAUUAUCUCAUUCUCCGAGGAUAUCUCCGUCUCCCGUACCCACCCACCUCCCACAUGGAUUGCCUACACCCAGUCAGACCCGUCGUUCAGAUGAUUUCUUUGCAUGCAUGACUGGCAUUAUUAGAGAGGAGUUGGGAACGAUGCGACGUGAUUUUAUGACAGAGGUAGUCGCAUUACGAGAGGAGAUAGGGGUAUUGCGACGGGAUUUUACGACAGAGAUCGUCGCAGUACGAGAGGAGAUAGGAGUGCUGCGACGAGAUUUUACGACAGAUGUAGUAGCUUUGCGAGAUGAGAUUGGAGUGCUGCGACGAGAUAUAGGAGACCUUCAUACUGAGGUUGCAGCACUUCGAGGCGAUGUAGCAGGCGUCCGAGGGAAUGUCGGGGAGACUGGUGUCCCACGAGAUUGGUGUGCAACGGCCGGGGGAAUUGAUGAGUUUUUUGGUUCGGUGCCGAAGGCCGAGAGGGAGGGGGUGGAGGUCGGGCAGGAGGAGCCGGAGGAGGCCGGGAUGCCCGGGGUGGAGGUCGGGCCGGAGGUGCCGGAGGAGGCAGAGAUAGAGGGGGUGGAGGGAGGGACAGGGGUGGCCGAGGAGGUAGCGGAGGGGACAUCAGAGGUGGUAGUAGAGGGGGAUGAUCAGGUUGCGGAGGAUGAGAGGACGCCGGAGAUGACGGAUGACGAGGUCGUAUUCGUGUCCGAGGGGGCGACGGAGGUCCCGAAGGGUAAGAAGCGUGCUGCUGACGCGCCAAAGCUGAUGGUCGGUAAGAGAUCAAGAUUGCCGUCACAGUACGUCAUUUCUCCCUACACGGUCGAGGCGAAGAGAAGGGGAUUUGUGGAUGGGGCGUACCCCAAUCUUUUUCGCGACGUCGACCCAGUCAGACAGAAGGCGUUCGAUGAUUGGUUCAAAUCCCUUAAGUCCGAAGAUAGUUAUACCAUCGGCUGUAUGACCGUGCCCAAUGCUAAAAAGUGGUUUGAAGAUGUACUGACGAUCUCAGCUUGGCUCGCUGAUGAUCAUAUCGACUUGGCUAUGGAAUUGUUACGCGAUCGGGCGCGGAGAUACCCGAGAUCUUAUGACAGUCCUACUCGAGUUAUCUUGAGCACUGAGUUCGUUCGUGUCGUAGAUAUUGAGCAUCAGGAGCUCCUAAGCAAGGGGAAUGAUUAUGUUCUGUCUGAGUACAUGCUGGAGUGGGUGAUUGGAUUACAGUUGAGUUAUCGCGAACUCACACUGUUUUUCGGUGGAGAUCGUAUUUGCUGA